CUCUGCAGACACCUGAUGAGCAUCAUCCAAACUCUUAAGAUCCGAGGACGGAGCUGCCAUACAGAUAACUCUCCUAGGAUUUAGUCCAAACACCAUAAAAAUAUAAGCUUUCUAAAUAUUGGAGAACAUCAUCAGGCAACAGCAUAACUUGGACUUUCAGAGAUGGCACUCUCUUUUCGUGGCAGGUGUUUACUUUUGUUGUGUUUGACAGUUAUCCAGAGUGGUCAUGCUGCUGUACAGACAUGCAUGGAUAAGCACCAGGUGGUUGGAGUGCUUCGUCAAAUGGAGAAGUUUCUGAAAGGCCAGGAGAUGAGAUUCACAGAGGGCCUCAGGGUCAUGAAGUCAAAACUGGCAGCGCUUCAGAACUCUGUGUCCAAGUUGCCUCAAGCAGACCAGUCUGCUGCUCCCACCACCUGCCCUCCUCUGGAAGCCCCUGCUCAUGGAACCAAGUUUGGCUCAAAGUACUUUGUUGGACAUGAGGUCCAUUUCACUUGCUCGCAGGGCUACCAUCUAGUGGGAUCUGCCACACGUGUUUGCCGGGACAACGGCACCUGGACUGGAGUCAGUGCUAUCUGUAAAGAUAUAAGUGAGUGUGCAAGUAAUCCCUGCCAGAAUGGAGGAACCUGUGUGGAAGGUGUUAACCAAUACAAAUGCACCUGUCCCCAGAACUGGAGCGGCUCGCAUUGUCAACAUCAAACACAGACAGCACCACCAGAGUGGAGUGUUAUGAACGAUCCAGCUUUCAGCCGGAGACCACGCUGUGCCCAGGUGAACCGAGCCCAACACUGCAGCUGUGAUGCCGGCUUCCACAUGAGUGGCACCUCUGACAACAGCAUUUGUCAGGAUGUAAAUGAGUGUGAAGUGUACCGUCUGGACCAAGGAGGGAAGCUGUGUGUCCACGAGUGUGUCAACGUCCCCGGCUCGUACCACUGCUCCUGCCCCAGCGGCUACAAGUUGCUCCCAGAUGGCCGGAGCUGUGAGGAUGUGGACGAGUGUUUAAGCCAGCAGCACAACUGCAGCCGAGGAACAACUUGUAUCAACACAGGGGGAGGCUUUCAGUGUGUCAACCCAGAGUGUCCCCGCUCUCAUGGCAACAUCAGCUAUGUCAAGACAUCUCCCUUUCAGUGUGAGAGAAACCCCUGCCCCAUGGACAGCCGCUCCUGCCACCUGGCUCCAAAGACUGUCUCCUUCCACUACCUGUCUUUGUCCUCAAACCUGCAGACUCCUGCUACACUUUUUAGAAUGGCGACCGCUGCCGCCCCAGGGCGCACUGGACCAGACAGCCUGCGCUUUGGCAUAGUGGGAGGAAACUCUCGGGGCAUUUUCGUCAUGCAGCGUUCAGACCGACAGACUGGUGAACUGAUUCUGGUGCAGCAGCUACGUGGACCCCAGGAGAUCAGCGUGGAUGUGGACAUGUCUGAGUACAGCGACCGCACCUUUCAGGCCAAGCAUGUGGCCAGGGUGCACAUCCUGGUUUCACCUUAUAACUUCUAAGAGGACACUCUUAAAGGGGGGGGGGGGUCCUAGAAGUAAGCAAGUGAAAA